AUGUCAGACAAAAGUGAUUUAAAAGCUGAACUUGAGCGCAAAAAGCAGCGUUUGGCUCAGAUAAGAGAAGAAAAGAAAAGAAAGGAGGAAGAAAGGAAGAAGAAAGAGGCUGAUCUACAGCAAAAGAAGGAGCCAGCUCAGGAAGACUCCGACCUAGACCGCAAAAGAAGAGAGACCGAAGCUUUGUUACAGAGCAUUGGUAUAUCCCCAGAACCACCUCUAGUGCAGUCGCUGCAUGUGUUAACAUGGGAUACCUGUUAUUUUCAUUAUUUAGUCCCAACCCCUAUGUCUCCCUCUUCGAAAUCAGUGAGCACACCCAGUGAUGCAGGCAGCCAGGACUCGGGAGAUCUGGGACCCCUAGGAAGGACCUUGCAAUGGGAUACAGACCCCUCAGUGCUACAGCUCCAGUCUGACUCUGAACUUGGACGCAGGCUGCACAAACUAGGGGUGUCAAAGAUCACCCAGGUCGAUUUCUUACCUCGGGAGGUGGUAUCAUACUCCAAGGAGACACAGACACCUCUUGCCACGCAUCAGUCUGAAGAGGAUGAAGAUGAUGAAGAGCUGGUGGAGCCCAAAGCACAGGAUGACUUGGAGACACAAAAUCAGGACCAGAAGCAGGAAGUGAAAGAAGCUCCUCCUAGAGAACUGACAGAAGAAGAAAAACAACAAGUUCUCCAUUCAGAAGAAUUCCUGAUAUUUUUUGACCGGACAAUACGUGUAAUUGAACGAGCUUUGGCUGAAGAUUCAGACAUCUUCUUCGACUACAGUGGCAGAGAUGUAGAAGAGAAAGAUGGAGAUGUUCAAGCAGGAGCCAACCUUUCCUUUAACCGUCAGUUUUAUGAUGAGCACUGGUCAAAGCAUCGCGUCGUCACCUGUAUGGAUUGGUCUCUUCAGUAUCCUGAGUUGAUGGUUGCAUCUUAUAACAAUAACGAAGAUGCUCCACAUGAGCCUGAUGGGGUAGCCCUGGUUUGGAACAUGAAGUUCAAGAAAACCACACCGGAAUAUGUUUUCCAUUGCCAGUCCUCUGUGAUGUCUGUCUGUUUUGCUCGCUUUCACCCAAACCUGGUGGUUGGUGGAACAUACUCUGGCCAGAUUGUCUUGUGGGAUAACCGCAGCCACAGGCGCACUCCGGUUCAGAGAACUCCCUUAUCUGCUGCUGCUCACACGCAUCCUGUGUAUUGUGUGAACGUCGUUGGAACGCAGAAUGCGCACAAUCUCAUCACCGUCUCUACAGACGGCAAAAUGUGCUCCUGGAGCCUGGACAUGCUCUCAACUCCACAGGAGAGCAUGGAGCUGGUGUACAAUAAGUCCAAACCAGUGGCAGUUACAGGAAUGGCUUUCCCAACCGGAGACGUCAAUAACUUUGUUGUGGGCAGUGAAGAGGGCACAGUCUACACAGCCUGUCGUCAUGGAAGUAAAGCUGGCAUUGGGGAAAUUUUUGAAGGCCACCAAGGACCUGUCACAGGAAUCAACUGUCACAUGGCAGUGGGUCCAAUUGACUUUUCCCAUCUCUUUGUCACAUCGUCAUUUGACUGGACAGUCAAGUUGUGGACCACAAAGCACAACAAGCCGCUCUACUCCUUUGAAGACAAUGCCGACUAUGUCUACGAUGUCAUGUGGUCGCCAGUGCAUCCCGCGCUCUUCGCCUGUGUGGACGGGAUGGGGCGCCUGGAUCUGUGGAACCUGAAUAACGACACCGAGGUUCCCACAGCCAGUGUCACCAUAGAAGGAGCUUCUGCCCUCAACCGUGUGCGCUGGGCCCAGGCUGGGAAGGAGGUAGCAGUUGGUGACUCAGAAGGUCGCAUAUGGAUCUAUGAUGUUGGAGAGCUGGCUGUUCCCCACAAUGACGAAUGGACCCGCUUCGCUCGGACCCUGGUGGAGAUCCGUGCCAACCGCGCAGACAGCGAGGAGGAAGGGGCAGUGGAGCUGUCGGCCUAG